AUGCUUGCCUUGAAGUACCGUUUCGAGAUGGAGGGGCUCCGGUCACACGGCGGGUCUAAAGACACUUCGACUUUACAAAGCCAACGAACUGUUGGUUUUCUAUACUGGCUCCUUGUAAUGUUUGAUACUGUUGUCUCGCCACUGAAUAAACGGCCUGUUGUUAUAGCCGAUGAGCAAUGCAUGGCAGGUUUCAUACAAAACACGGAGAAUGUACCUUGCCAAUGGAAACUCCAUAUGUUUCUGAAGGACGACUCCGAAAUGCCACAAUCUCUCCGCUGGCCUUACUCAGAAGAAGUUGCCUCAAGAGCGAUGACCAAAGCAGCUCCCAUCAAGGUUUUACUUUAUCGCCAACUAUCCUACAUCCAGAAUGCUUUGCGGAAGAGGUCGAGCACUCAUAAUAUCAUCAAUGCUGCAAAAGGAGCAAUUACUGUUUGUCGAUACUGGGACAUGACGUACGCCUCAUUUUUCCAAGGCUUGUUACGAGGCUAUGAUAGAGUUUCCUCAAAGCUUAGAAGCUGGGUUGUGUGCAUUUUCACAGCCUGGAACCUCGGUACACUGGUUCUCGCGGACUUGUUAGAGCUAGUGCAUGAGAAGGCAACUACUGGCGACACAAACAGCUAUAUUGAUAUCAGACUGAGCAGUGCAAUUAAUCUUGCUGAACUCGCCGGUGCUGUCGUUCCACAUAAGACUAGCCAUAUCAAACAACUUCCAAAAUGUCAUGCCGCAGUUCAAGAGAGUCCACUCUUGACAGAUCCUUGCACGUCAAUUCUGGUGGAAGCGUUUACGAGAGCCUCUCUUUAUCACCUGUCAACUAUUUGUGAGCUCAAAAAGCAUGAGUGGUUCGAUGUUGAAAUGGAAAGUUUUUAG